CCACAUGCGACUUACGACUCUCAGAUUCAAAGAUUUUGGGAAAUGCUUGAAGAGCAUAAGAAAGAACUUAAAGAAUUCAAGAAGGAUUCAGAUGCUGAGAAAAAAGCGUUCAAGCAAGAAAUGAAACAGCUAGAGUCCGGAAUCCAGAGGAUCAACAAUAUGAUGAUAGAGGAGCGAGAGCAAGAAAGUAAAACGCUGGAUGUCGAGUUAGGGGAAUAUAGGGGGGAAAUGAAAAGGGUGAUGGCUGAAAUGCAGCAGCUGAGCAAUGCAGUGGAGAAGGAGUGACAGGAAGGAGUUGCUGAGAGGAAGCGGGUGCGAGAGAUGUUGGAUGCCAUGGUGGAUAAGGAGACGUUAGACGCAUUCAGGAAUAAACUUGAGUGGCACGGUGCCGCCAUCCAGGACCUCCAGCAAUGGGCUUUGGGACAGGAUGCAGAAUAUUUUGAUCGUAUCAGAACACGCCGUUUGUUCACUGUAGCGCAAGAAAAGUUGGCAUUACAAGCAGGUCUGGCCACAGAUGCAGCAGGAGCUUAGUUUUGGAGAUACACUUGGGCCGCAGAAUGAACUCCACACGAGGCUCGAGAAAGCCAAGUCCCUCCUUUCGGCACCAACAGUCCAGUUAGACGAAAGAACAAAGGUGUUCACCCUUUCUUCCGCUGGCAUGAAACUUGUUACAGAAGGUCCUUCUGCCAUUCGAACACAUGGAGAUUCUACUGCUUACCCGAGGAACAUAAUUCGUGAAGUAUUUCAACAAACAGCCGAUCGGCAGGCCGUUGUUGAUUUUGUUUGUGAUAAUUAGCUUUCUCACAUUGUCCCCAUCUGUUUCCGUACAUGCACACUUCUUAUGGUACAGUAUGAUUAUAGCU